CUUCUUUUCAGAUCUAAGGAUUGUUAUCUCCAAUCAUCGCCAAGAUGGCUGGAGGGGAUCAGAACGGAACAGCCAAUGUCUCCUACACAGACUUCCUUCUGCUCGCCUUCCCAGGCCUCCAAGAGUCCAGAUAUCUCCUCGCCAUCCCUUUCUUCUGCCUUUACCUCAUGAUUGUUGCAGGGAACUCCAUCCUGAUCUACACCGUGAGGACAGAUCACAGUCUCCAUUCACCCAUGUACAUCCUGAUUGCUUUGCUCUUCGCAGUCAACAUCUGUGGCUCCACCGUCAUCCUUCCCAAGAUGCUCCUCAGCUUCCUUCUCAGAGUCAGCCACAUCUCCCUGACGGAGUGCCUGGUCCAGAUGUUCUUCCUCUACUUUGCCACCAUGCAGGACUGCAAUCUUCUCCUCCUGAUGGCUCUGGACAGAUACGUGGCCAUUUGUCACCCUCUGCACUACACAGACAUCAUGACGAAGAAGCUCCUGGUGAUAUUGACACUGGUCGCUCUUGCCCGUGGCGUGGCUUUCGUCAGCCCAGUAGUGAUCCUGGCUUCCCAGGUGAGGUUCUGCCGGUCCAACAUCAUUGGGCAUUUUGCCUGUGAGCACAUGGCCCUCAUGAGGUUGUCCUGUGGUGACAUCUCCAGGAACAAGGUUCUAGGCCUGACAGCAAGAACCAUCACCGCCAUCUUUGACUUUGGCUUUCUCCUGGGUUCUUACGGCUGCAUCCUCCAGGUGUCCAUGCAUAUGAGCUCUGGCCACGCCCGACACAAGGCCUUCCACACCUGUGGCACCCACCUCAUGGUCAUCUUUACAACCUACUCUUCCAGAAUCAUCUCCUCCAUUGUCUACCGCUUAGCCAAGUCAGCCAGCCAGGAUGUCCACAAUCUCAUCAGCGCAAUAUACCUGUUUCUUCCCUGGAUCCUGCACCCCAUCAUUUAUGGCAUGAGGACUAAGGAGAUCCAGGACAGUCUUUGGAAGCUGCUCAGGAGGAAAUGGGCUCAUUUGGUCCCUGGGAAAGCUGUGGCUGUGAGCAGAAUCAAGUGA